CCUCAAUUUCUCAAGCCUAGAGACUUCCACUUCCAAGUUCUAAACCAUAGUUGCUUCUCCAAAACCUUCAUCCAGAGCCUGCGGGUAGAGUGAGAAAUUCAAAAAGCGGAGAAAAAUGAGAACCGGUAACACUUUAAGCAUUGCACCGUCAACCAUGCCAUUGCCAACAGAAAGACCCGCGUUUUCGCCGCCGCAACGUUCGCCGUGGCACUCUCCCUUGCCCUACCUGUUCGGCGGCCUGGCGGCGAUGAUGGGUUUGAUCGCCUUCGCUCUGUUGAUCCUGGCUUGCUCCUAUUGGCGGCUCUCAUCACGCCGCCUGCAGGAGAAUAAUGGCCAGGACGGCGGUGGUCGGAGCGACAUCGAGUCCGGCCAUGACAAAGCCGCCGCCAAGGCUUUGCCGGUGUUUGACGAGAGGAUUCUGGUGAUAAUGGCCGGAGAUUCUAAGCCCACUUUCCUUGCCACGCCCAUAUCCAGUUCAGCUUCUAAUUCUUGUGGCGAUUCUGAAAGUAGGAACGAAGAUGGAGAGAAAGGUGAAUCAAUGGCGAAUGAUGAGAAGCCGAAACAAGAAAACCCAGAGUCUCAGCCGCAACACAAUUGAUCCAGUGCUCCACUAUGUCUACUCUAUACCAUAUACAUAUAAUUAGUGCAAUUUUGAGAUUAGAUUUGAGCGUGCGAGAGACAGAGAUAAUUAGAGGUUCUCUCUGAUCUCUAUCUCUCUGUCUCUUCGUUGUUUCAUUCCUUUCUCUUCCUUUUGUUUGCUGGAUGAUGGGUUUUGUUUCUCAUGAUCCGGGAAAUGUACGUACAAAUUUUGCCGAGCCGAAAUAGAAGAGAAAGAUUCUUCAUUUUUGUUCUUCUUCUAACAAGA